AGUUGUGUCAUAGCAAUACUUAAGAAAUGUUGUUAUUGAUGUUUGUAUAAAAUCUAAUGCUUGUGGACAUACAAUGGAGGGUCAGCUGAAGUGUACCACAUCAUCAGCAGCAGUAGACAAUGUUAAUGAUUCAGAACUAGUUACUGAUUCCAAACAUGGGGAAACGUUUUGUGAAGCAAAAGUUUUGAAGAACUUUGUAUGUGGUGAUCAGAUUCAAGAAAAGUAGCAACUUGUAAUUUAAAAAAAAAUGGAAAGUAGCAAGAGGAAUGAAUCCACUUUCCUUAAAAGUUCUUUGGAUGGUGAUGUAAGUGACUCCACAAUCAGAAGAUCUCAAAAUAGUGACUUGAAUAAUACAGAAGCCUUUGCAUGUUCUGUCUGUGGAAAAGAAUUCAAGCUUGAAACAAGUUUAAUGAAGCAUACUUGGUUACAUACUGGAAAACAACCUUUUGCCUGUUCAGUAUGUAACAAAAGGUUUGCAGAGAAUGGCAACCUUACAAAACAUAUGAGAAUACAUACAGGAGAAAAGCCAUAUUUAUGUAAAGUAUGUGGCAAAAGAUUUACACAACGUUCUAGUUUGUUGUAUCACUCACGAACUCAUACUGGAGAAAAACCACACCAAUGUGAUAUUUGCAGGAAAAAGUUUUUGUCCACAUCUGGUCUAAGCAGUCACAAAAUAACACAUUUAACAACGAAACCGUAUUCGUGUGAAAUAUGCGGCAAUGUCUUCUCAAGAAAAAAUUACCUGGGUUUGCAUAGGAUGGUUCAUACAGGAGAAAAACCUCACGAAUGUAUGGAGUGUGGGAAACUUUUUACGCAGAAGGGUAAACUAACGAGUCACACUAAACUGCAUACCGGUGAUCGGAAAUAUAAAUGCGAAGAAUGUGGUAAAGCUUUUGUUUUAAAUUGUCAGCUCAAAAGACAUGUUCGAAUUCAUAGUGGUGAUCUUCCUUACCAAUGUGAAAUGUGUGGGAAGAGAUUCUUGCACAGGACUAGUAUUGUUGAACAUAUUAAAACUCACACAAACGAAAAGCCACAUGCUUGCAAAGUUUGUGGUAAAAAGUUUAAAAAUAAAGGUGGAGCAACAAUACACAUGUCAUCACAUUCACAGGAGAAGCCUUUUGAGUGUGAGGAGUGUGGGAAGAAAUUUACUUUGAAGACCAACCUUAACCAUCACUUAAAGAUUCAUGAAGGAAUCAAAGAUUUUGUCUGUGAUAUAUGUGGACAGAAAUUUAUUUUCAAAAAUAGACUUGAUCAUCAUAUGAGAAUGCACAGAGGUGAAAAGGAUUAUGUAUGCAAAAUAUGUGGUAAAGGCUAUUCCUGGAAACCAAGUUUUAUUCAACAUAUGAAAAGGCACUCUAUCAAGCUAAUCAGGGAAACUGAAGAUUCACCAGAAAAUGAUAAAAAGAAUUCCUUACUCCACGAACAAAAUACACCAGUUGACUUUGAAUUUGUAGAGUGUGGGGCCACAGAUUCAGCAAGUGAAGGUGGCAAAUGUGAGGAUGAAGUUAGUCCAAUUUCUGAAAUGAAAGAGGGGUUGAAUCUUGAUUCCCUUUGUCCAGUGACAAAGGACCUCACUUGCUACCCUACCGAUACGGAUGUAAAGGAAAGUAAAAUGAACCCGUGUUUAUCUGUAAUAACCGUCGGGGAGUCGAGAGAAAUUGGAUUGAAAAAUAACUGGGAAUUGCCAUCACAUUCAAAUACCAGCCAUAGUCCCAUAAAGAAAGAAUCAGUGGAUGUAGCAUCUAUCAAAGAGGAAGUUCUGACUUGGGAAGAAUUGGACCAGUAAUA